UUUUUUACUAGUUUUCCUAGCUAGUUGAAUACCGUUUUUUGUUGAAAAAUGAUCCUUGCUCCUAAUAGUCAAACAGAAUAAUCCUUGCUCUAUGUAUAAAAGUAAAUCCUAGGAGUCGAUCAACAAUCCAAAAACAGUUGUUUGAGUACAUAAUUGAUCAAGCUCUACGAUGGCAUCAAAUAAGGAAGAGGUGAAGGUUUUUGGAAUGGUGGGAAGUCCAUUUUCAACCAGGGUGGAAAUAGCUCUAAAGUUGAAGGGAGUUGAAUACAAAUGUGAGAACGAAAAGUUUGGGAACUUGAGUGAUACACUCAAAAAUUACAACCCUGUUUAUAAGAAAGUUCCUGUUUUAGUUUAUAAUGACAAGCCCAUCUCUGAAUCACUUGUGAUUCUUGAGUAUAUUGAUGAGACUUGGAAACAAAACCCUAUCUUGCCUUCUGAUCCUUAUCAAAGAGCCAUGGCUCGUUUCUGGUCCAAUUUCAUUGAUGACAAGUGUAUGAAUGAUGUACGGAAAGCUUGUUUCACUUUUGAUGAGAAAGAACGUGAGAAGAGUAUUGAGGAAACAAAAGAGGCUCUUCGAUUUCUUGAGAAUGAGCUCAAAGACAAAUUCUUUGGUGGAGAGGAUAUUGGUUUUGUUGACAUUGCUGCUGUGAUCAUAUCUUUUUGGAUCUCUCCUAUAGAAGAAGCAUUUGGACUGAAAUUGUUCACUAGUGAGGAAUUUCCCAAGCUUUAUAAUUGGAGCCAAGAAUUCAACAACCAUCCAAUUGUUAAUGAAAAAUUGCCUCCUAGAGAGAUCCUUUUGACAUUCUACAAAGGUCGUUAUGAAGAACAUUUUGGUUCAAAAUAGAUCAAUUUAAGGUGAUAUGUACUUGUGAUAUUUAAGGAAAAAUGUCAAAACUACUUGUUUGUCAUUUUAGUUUCUGUUUGAAUUUUGAUGUCAUACUAGAUAUAAUGCAACCUAGAUAUCUCCAUGGUUAAAAAAUUCUAGGGUUUUGUUGUUCAGGUUUACUAUUUUAGUUACAAAUUCUUAUUCCAUGAAAUCCACGAGUGAUAGACUACUAUUUUUUUGUCUGUAAAAAUAAUUUUUUAACGGGGAAGGAAAAUAUAUGUUAUCUUUUGCUUUUCAA